AUGCCUCUCGGUAUCGAGCGCAUCAACGCUCGUCGCCAACAACCUAAUGAGCACAUCAACUUCAUCAAGCCACUGGAUGGCCCAGAUAAGGAAUUUUCUGAGGACUUUCUCGAGCGCAUCGCUGCGAGUUGCAAACCUAUAAUGCGGUCUAAUCAUCUUGCCGUGAUGUCUCUUGAAGAGCAUAAAUGCAAUCCGGAGUUUCUUGGGCGGAAUUUCAACGCUGGUGAGGUUAUACAGCUUGUCCUGAAGGCACCAUCAGGGCACUGGCUGCCGUUCAAGUUUGUACAAAUGGUCAUGAUGCAUGAGCUCGCUCAUUGCAAGCAAAUGAACCAUUCUAAGGCGUUUUGGAAAGUAAAAGACCAAUACUCGACUGAACUAAAGGCGCUGUGGCAAAAGGGCUACACUGGAGAUGGAAUGUGGAGUCGUGGACGAACUUUACUAACUGGGCAAUACGACCAAGCAAGCUUGGGGAGUGAGGAAACUUUGCCUGAGCAUCUCUGUGGCGGGACUUUCAGAUCAUCUGGAAAGCGGAAGAGGGCCGCGAAGCCAAAACUCAGCUACAAAGAACGGAAAGAAAGAACGAUUGCGAAGAAGUUCGGGGUCAACGGUGUCGGUGUCGCUCUAGGCGCGGACGAGGAGACGAAGGCUAAACUUGAGAAGGGGAAAACGACAGCCAGCAACCCACGUGUCGCUGGCAGUAGCCGCGGACGAGAAUUGAGAGCCAUGGCUGCUCUGUCAAGAUUUACUACUACGGCAGAAAACGUCAGUCAGACUAAGGCUGAAGAUGAGCUCGUGCAAUCCGGGAGCGAGACUGAAAGUGAUUGGGAAGCCGGUCUGUCCGGUCCAGAAGAGGCGGCGGAUUCUGAUGGCAAAAAGUUACACGAUGGGAAAGGAAGAACAUUGAUUCGAGUCUGUGACGAUGAAGAUCCUGACGAAAUCAAUGUGAAGGAUGAGAUGUCUGAGCUUCGAAAGUUCGGGGUGGCCGAAGACAGCAAAAAAACCAACAAAUCUCUGGUACCUGUCAUGAUAGAAGCCGCAACUAAGCCAUCAAUGUCUCACAGUGAGGCAAAUGAAGGUACCCAUAGAUCACCAAAACUGGGUCAAGAGCGGCGAGUAAAGCCUUCGAUCGGGGUAUCCACAGAGACAGCAUCAAGAACUCCAGCCUGCCCUGUCUGUUCAGCGGAACACAGUGUCGGGUCGCCUACAUGCAUGGUGUGCGCCAAUGUCCUCGAUCCAAAAAUGGUCCUUGAUGUCUGGAAAUGCCAGAGCGAGGUUUGUCGGGGGGGUCUAUACACGAACGCGGGAGAUUAUGGUGUUUGUGGACUGUGUGGGGAGAAACCUCGUGACUCAGCCAGACCGUGCACCGUAUACUUUCCUGAGGUCCUAUAA